AUGGCAGAGAUUGAUUAUUCCCAAAUUGCUCUUUCAGUAGUGGCCUCCUUAUGUGCUGUGAUAUCUCUUCUACUUUGGCUCGUGCUGAUAUCCGAUGGGCAACAGUCCCGACUUGUCUUGCUCCAUCAGAAGCCCUAUAUACUCUCGCAGGCUGCGGUGGGAGUGCUGGUCUGUGCCGGCUUGUUUGGGUCAAUAGCAUUGGCUACUUAUCAACCUGUUAUACGAAGGGAUCCCUCGCGGCCUGCUCUGACGGUUGAGCUGGGGUUUUUACUUCUUCUUCCUCCCAUAAACGAGGUCAAUACGGACACUCAACUUCAGCACGGAUACUGCUAA